AUGCUCUACUUAACCAUCAAGCUCAAGCAGGUAUCAAUUACAAUAGAUAGCUGGUCCGCACUGAAUUUGUAUCCACGAGUCUCCUCGUCCUCUCUGACUAGUCUUAUCCAUCGGAGAAGUCCACUCAACUCAUUGGUUUGGAAACCAUUCAUUGAAAUGUCAUUGAAGAACGACUCCAGAUUGACAAGGAAUCGAGCAUCUGACAAUUGGAAAACGUUCCCGAAUUAUUAUCUUCGGAUUACCAAUUUUGAAGUUAACGUCAAUAAUACACCAUAUGAUCUGAGUGUCUACAGAGAGUUUCAUCAAGGCGAAGAAGUCGACCCUAUUCAAAAUAAGAAAAAUGAGGAUGUCCUCUAUGAUCUGGAUACGUUCGGUUUCCGAGUUCCGAUGAACAAAACGGACGUCGCUUCAGGAGAAGUUGUUUUUGGAUAUGUGAUCAAUCGAAUUUUACCAUUGAUUGGUUACUCGUUUCCUGUUAUCCAUUCCAAAGCGAACUCGGUUCUCGAGGAACUCCAAGAAACUAUUGACUCCGAUCUUGAGAUGCUGAAAGCAAUGAUUUUUAUUCUUAACUUCCAUUACUUAUCCACUUACGGCAUCAUGUCUGGAACAGAAUAG